AUGGAGGCCGGCGAGAGACUGAACACAAAAUUUGCAGCUACACCAACAAUUGAGGUUCAAGCCGACAAUCUUCAAGCUGAUCCUGAAGGCCUACCGGAAGCGGAAAGCACACGACCUAGGAUGCGCCGGUCCGAGACAUUUGAAGAGCAGAAAAGAAGAAAACAUAAUGAGAGGUGGACGCUACGGCAUGCGUUCUAUGCGAACAUGGGCGGCUUCCGCCUCAGAGACAGUACAGGCCAGGUGUACAUCGUCACCGCCAAGCACAUUAACCACCUGGUUCGGAAGAGGUACAUUGAUUUGCCCAAGAUAACGCCCUUGGAGAUCAAUGAUCGCAGCAAGUCCGACAGUCUCGCCAAAUUCCUGGCUAUCAUGCAAGUGAGUUCGCUCGCCGUCCAGGUGAUUGCGCGAACCAUCCAAAAUCUGGAGACAACAGCAUUGGAGAUCACGACUUUGUCAUUUGUGGUUUGUACGUUGGGUACUUUCAUUGCCUGGUACCGGAAACCCUACGACGUGCAGACCUUUGUGGUGCUCGAAAUGCCGGGCUAUGCGGUUGAAGAUAUCGAAUUGGAAUUCGUGGAGAGAGGCGGCAAGCAGCGAGACCUGCUGAAGGAAUACAUCACAGUACAUCAGACGAGCAACGUGGUCGACAACGAUGGCAAACUUCUGGCCCCGUACAACAAGCUGACGAUCAUUGAUGACGGCCUCCCGACCUUUACAGCCUCAUUCACCGACGUAUACGGCCAUUUCUGGGGACGAAAACCGUAUGAUGCGAAUCGCAUUCGCAAUGACCGCCUGCCGGUGAUGGAGAAGCCGGUCACAAUUGUCUGCGCCAUCACCACGCUUGCUUACGCCGGUCUCCACAUUGCGGCAUGGAAUUUACCUCUGGCGACCGACAUUGAGCGACUGCUUUGGCGGAUCUCAUCCAUUGUGUUGAUCAGCUGUGUGGUCGUUUGGUUCUUCAUGGACCAUUUUGGAGAGUACUUGGCUCACAGAAAGGUCAAGAAGGGCAAGGCGACCGAUGGAGUGAUUGUUCCUUGGUGGAGGAUCCCGGCGUCGAUCGCUGUUACUGUUGUUUAUGCCUUGUGUAGGCUCUAUUUACUGGCCGAAUCGUUUGCGGCGUUGAGGUGGCUGCCGAAAUCAGCAUACGAACAGGUGGACUGGGGCAAAUGGUUGCCUCAUAUCUGA